UUCCCACAUGUUGCCCCGAUCCUCCUUCCAAUCCUGAAAUUCAGCCUGAUAAUAAGAAAAAGGAAAUUUGACCAGGGGUCACGAAAGAAGAAGAAGAAGAAGAGGUCCAAACACACAUCACAGGUCUAUUCGCAUUCUGGUACACAUUCCUAGGAUCGCCCUCCCCGGAUUCCAGGUUUCCUCCCUUGAUAUGCGCUUCCUCCAUCCCAUUCCUCCCUCCAUCAUUCUGACCUGGCUACCCUGUGUCGCUUCCAUUCUCCAUGAUCUCUUUCCUUCCUAUGGCCCCAGGGACACAUCACCUGCAUCGAUCAUUCACUCAAUUGCCUGAAACGGCUUCCGUACCAACCGUGCCCGCCAGUCCCGUGCAAUGAUGCCGCUAUAUACUACUAGUCGACCGAAGAAGACCCGAAAGGAUGGGGCCCAUCGGUCCUCUUUCGGCUCGAUUCUCUCGUCGAACUCGAAUUCGACUCCCAAGGGGUCGAGGCCUUCUGUGGAAAGACCCCGAAAAGAUGGCGCAGAGGGUUUGUCCAAGACAAAGAAGAAGACCAUUGACCCGAAACAGCCGGGGACACAGUCAGAAAAACCACCGAAUGUCUUCGAGUAUCUUGAAUCCGACGAGACAGACGCAACCUCGUCAUCAGAGGAUGACGACGGCCCGCCUGUCAAGGUGCCGACCCAGUCAAAGGUGUCGCGUCCGAGCAUCUCGACAGCUCGUCCAACCAACCCGACUACGGCGGCGGUCCUCAAUGGUCGCACUCGAGCUUCGUCCAUGAAGUCCAAAGGAUCUGUUGAAUCCCACCAACCACCACCAGUCGCCCCUAUUAUCACCCCACCGGUUGCGCCACUGCAGCUCGCCCGAACCAACUCCACCCAACGGAAGAUGUCCCUCGACGGCCCCAACAGCACCCUUGGACGGGGAAUGGAUCUCGCGACGGUGCCGGAGUCAUUCUAUCGUGACCCGCCGUCGUACCAUGGUCCUCCUCUCCCCCCUUCACCACCACGAAGCCCAGAAGAAGACCUCCACCGCACCAGCCGCAGGCCGCGACGCAACACCCACUCGUCGCAGCACGCAUCGGGCUACGGCCUCCUUGCAUGGCGGCUCAGUGCAUCCACCGACAGCGGGGAGCCGCGUCUACCGCCCUUAUACCGCCGCUUCGAAGACCUGAACCACCGCGUGCUACUUCACCUGCAGGAUGAGAUCGCGCAGAUGGAAGAGGAGCUGCGCGUGCUGGACGAGUGCGACGAAAUGCACCGGGCCUCCGCCGCCGAGAAGGACGGCUCCAAAAUGCUCCCUGCAUCGCGCCGCAUGGACGUGCAGGCAGGCGUCUACUCGUCUCUCCACUACCAACGAGAGGAAUUAAUGAGCGUCUUGAUCCGCAAAACCGAGCAAUACAACAACGCUCUCAGCGCCUACAGCCGCGUCCUUCAGACCCUCCCACUAGCCUCACACCAAGACGUCGAUUCCUACCGGACCUGGAUGCACGGGAACAGCCCCAUCGCAGCCGUCGAGUCGCGCUUCCUUGACCAUCCCAAAGACCUCGUGUCGCUGACCCCACCGGUAACGCCCACCGGGUCGGCCCCCACGCCGUCAGCCUACUCCGCCAUCAUCAUCGCCUCCGCAGCCAUCUUGCUCCCGCUCCUGGCGUUCAGCAUGAUCCGUGAUUUCUGGGGCCGCGUCCUCCUCGUCGCGCUGGUGGGAGGUGCCUCGGCGGGCAUCGCGUCGACUACGUCGGCGGGAUCGGAGCAGUUGGUUGCUUCGCAGGAUGGGUGGCGGUGUGCUGGACUGUGAGCCUUUUCUUUUCCCUUUCUCCGUCCUUGAUGUAGAUGGUUGUGCUAAUGGUGAUCCAGGUAUUUUGGUUUCAUGAUGACAGCUGCCAUGUUCAUUCCGUGAUGCGUCUUCUAUUCAACCAUCCAUCCAUUAUCUACAUUUUUUAUAUGUUAUCUUUCACGAAUAUACGAAUCUUCUUCGGGUACCCCCAUCAUCAAUCCAUCGAUCUGUCCAAUCCGACCCUAUUUCCACUGCGCCCUG